CUCAGAAAAUGAAAUCAGCUUGUUGCUGAAUGUCUUUCAGUACGAAAGUUGUCGUGGAGGGAUAAGGACAAGACUUACUUUGAAGACAGAAAGCGACCGACUACAUUCGAGGCAAGAUAACAGCAAUUAGUUACGUCGAAGGACAUAUCAGCUGGCGAGAUUGACCAUCACAGGGAAUGCACACAUUGAGAUCCUCCAGAGUCAAUAAAGGCAGGGAUGUCGAACAUUUGGGCCAGAAUAUGGAACCACAGUUUUCACAUGCUCUUUCAGUGGAUAUGAUGUUGUUUGGUUUUUUCCUGGUUUUUCUUUGGGAUUUCAUUAGUCUGUGGAAACUGUUCCUGUUGCGCCGUUGUUUCUUCCAAGGCUGUGCUGUGAGAAAAGACGGUUCUUACCUUUCUGCAGAUUAUCACUGAGGCUUCUGAUGGACGAUGAUGAAGACGACGUGUUCCAGCCCAUUCUCAGAUGGAACACCACCUUCCGAGAGAUAAAGUACGAGGACAGGGGUACGCAGACGCCCAGCCCUGCCCUGGGACAAGACGACAGCAUGCUACCCUGCGGCGUGGCCCACGAGCCUCGGAGAUUGUUCUAUGGUAACGCGGGCUUUCGGCUGCACUUCCCGGCGCUGUUUGAGCACGGUGGAGAGCAGGAGCGAGCGGAGGAAGAGGAGGAGUUCGGGGCGGCGGAACGGCUGGAGGAGCGGCCUGCGGCGCUGAGCGCUGAGGUCCAGAUCGGCCAGAAGCUCCAGAUGAUCGGAGACCAGUUCCACCAAGACCACCUCCAUCUGUACCACAGAAACCAAAGGAUCCAGCGUCCAGCAUGGUGGCGCCUGGCGAUAGCUUUGUACACAUUUCUGUUCGAAAGAGAGGGUGUCAUUAGACGACGGCAAGCUGACCUGAGGUGAGAAAGCUGGGUCCCCCUCAGCUUCCACUCCCACCCUGCCUUGAAGAAGGCCCGAGCUUUAGCUGGCACUGUAAAGUUGAACACGGGUUUUCGGGGGGAAAAUAACGAGAAAAAAAACAAAGGUCGCCGCGGGCCGGAGACUGCAUUUUUUUUACGAGAUUUUUUUUCCAAAUGGAAGCCAUGCUGUUCAUGAGAUUUGUCUACAAGAACAUGUCCCUAUUUUCAUAAGUGUAAAAUAGUAUUUUGUACAGUAUGAUAUUAUGGUGUUCUUGCUUAUUUGAUUUUUUUCCUUCUUUUUUUGCACUUGCGUACAUGUACAUCUUGAACGACCUCUAUUUGUCCUGGGAAUGCCUUAUUUGCUCCUGCCACAGUGGAAGGACUAUUGAAACAAUUGAGGGAAAAUGGGACAAGGGUUCAGGCAUAGGGCUGGGGUACAAACAGGCAGGUAUGUUAAUCUCAAAACUGUUUUUCAGGGGUUAUGUUCUGAAGUUUCCCAGGUAACCGAUCAACUUGACAACAAAUUUCCAAAGAGGCAGUUUCUCAGAACAAAACUUUUUUUGCACCUCAAGUCGUACUAUUCCUUAUUGUUUCUUGUUUGUUUAUUUUUUUUACUGUUUCCUAAUUGUUGAAUAUGAUUUGUUCUUCCAGUAUGUUUCAAUGAGUCAACUUUUAUUGUAUUCUUAACAUGUUUUAAGUGUAUUUUGUACAAAGGAGAAAAAAAACACAAAAAAACAAAUGAUAAAAUGCUGUCAGCCAUCGUUAAAGAUGCAUUGCCUUCAAUGGCUUUCUUAGGCAACGUACUGCAGUCUUUGAUUUGGUGUCAUGCCAUUGAGGGUCUAAUGAAGUAAGAUGAACGUGUACUGAAAGACCAUUUGGAGAAGGGUCUGCCCUGUAAACUGGGAUGAUGCAUUCACUGUCCAUUUCAGGUACAUAGUUUUGCAUACCAUUACAGGUCAGUGUGAAGGCAGUGUAUACUAGUGGGUCUCCAUCACUGAAAAAGCUCUUGAAAGACCAUAAAUGCAAGUAUACGUGUAAUCUGUUGACUCAUUCUUUGUAUCUGGAUGCUACAUCGUUUUAUUUGCAAUUUUUUCAUCAGCCUGCAUAAUUUAUUAGACCUGGUGAGUAGUUAUGACUAGCCAACCCUUAAUAAGUCGCCCUAUAUCUAUGGUAUUUGCACUAGUGCUAGUCAGUUGUGGACAGGCAAUGGAUAGUGCAGAGCUCAAGACUGCCCCUGUUGGACUGAUACUGUAGCCAGUCAAAGGCAACAUGUAAAACCGUGGUGGGAUGCAUUGCAUUUAAAAUCACAUUAUUAAUGUGAUGCCCAUGUUUGCAGAGGAGAAGUUCUAUUGUAUUUUUUUUACAAGGCAGGCUGUUCAAUAUUCAAUGAAGGUUGUUGAACGUCCAAUAUCUCACAUUGAAAUUAAUCUCUUUAUAGAUACAUGUUUGGCCUUUUUCACUUUGUAGUUAUCUGAACUGGUAGCUGUUUUCACCUUGGGCACUGACUGAAUAAAAUUUGUUAUUGGAACUAAAAAUACACCUUCAUUUUGAUAAGAAAGUGUGCUUGUCGACUUGUUGGCUCGCACAACUUAACGUGAUAAAUUGGAAUUUUUAGAUCUGUGAUAAAGUGUACUUUCCUAACACGCCCACUGCCAACGGACCACUAGGUUUCUAAGGAGCACAAAUUAAAUAAUCUGAAAAGAAACCUGUGCAACAACUGCAAAUUUCAUCUCUUAAAUAAUGGUCUGGGCUUUUGGAACUGAGGUGACUAUGAAAUGGAGUUUUGAUAGAAAUUACCACUGAAUUCCCACACAAGGUUUUGUACAGUACCAGAGGAAAGAGUCCGAAACUAUGAUUUGUUUUAAAGAUGUUUUGAAAGAAAAAUGUUAAUCAUUGUUAAAAUUGAAAAUAUGAAUAUGUUUGAAGACACUGAUGCGUUUUUAUUGUUGCGUAUUGUUUGUUUCAUUUUUGUAUUUUUCGUUCCUUUUGACAUUCUGGUGUCAGGAAGCAGUGUACAUAUGAAAGCACCCUGGUAACACUGGCAUUACAACCAUAAAUGCAGUUUGGAGGUAAUACCGUCUCAAAAAAACGUUUCGAUAGGUUGGUUUUAAUAGAAUCAGAAAUUCUGUUCAUUGAUAUCAAGGAAAAGUAAUCUCUUCAGCCUCACAAUACCCAACAGGAAGGAAUAGCGUGCCAAAUGGAAAGUUAAGUUAGAGAAAUCCCUACUUAAGGUUUAUUUAUGCCUGAUUCUAAUCUCCCCUUUUCCCUAUUAGUCAGCAUUUUGACAUAAUUCAACAGUUGCAAAGUCCCCAAACAUCCAAGCGACAGUUGCACGCAUAUUUAAUCUUGAUCUAGCUGCGUUUAGUCUUAUCUAACACCCAUUUAGUGAGUUGGAGUCGGAUGUACUGUAGCCAGGGAAAGAAAGGCGGUUCUCUACCUCUUUAUCUUUCUUUUUAAGCUUCAGCUAGGUUACAUUUUAUCACCAGAAAAACCAUGCAAAUUCCCAUAUACAAAAGCAAAGAUAGUCUGCUUGAUAUAAAGAUAUCAUACUGCAUGGAGGACUGGUGCUUCCAUGUACCCCCAGUAAAAUCUUUGGCUGUGCCUUCCCAUGGAGACUUUGCCUCCUGGUUUCUGAUGGAUCCAACACAACUGCAUGAGCUAAGAGAUCCAAAUUAAAGAUCCAUUUCGUCUCAAUUCAAGACAUUGACAAAGAAAUUCCACUGAAGCCGGGGCUACUUCUAAAGCAUGUGAUACAGCAUAAGAUGCACCGAAAGUUUGUUUCCUGCAAAUCUUGAACGCUGAGCCAGUUUAAGUAAUCCCCUGCCUCUCUGUGGCCUGUCCUGUCUGUCUACGUGUUCACCAGAUUCCUUCUACAUGCCUGCUGUUCCUGACUUAUCUUCUUAUAAGGAAAUUAGUUUUCAAAGCUUUGUUCAGUUGUUUUUUUUUUUUUUUUUUUGUAAUUUAUUUUAAUUUUAUUUAUUUUGUGUAUAUUUGUCCAUUGCUACUGUAUAGAUUUUUCUGUGUGCAAUUUUGUAGUUUUUGAUAUGUAUAUAUUUGUUUAAUUCUGUGCUGAGUGGUGGGGUCAGCAUUGUGUCUGGCUGGUCUCUGAGGGUCAUCUAAUUGCCUUCAACAUUAAAAUAGUAGGCCUAGUAUCCAUUCUCUUCAUUGUCAUCAAGCAUUUUGCUGCAUUUCACAUACUGAAGAAUAUUGAGAGAGGUGCUUGAUAUCAGGAGUGUGUAAAGAUUCAUUUGAUCUGAAAAACAUUCCACUAAUUUCAGUGAUGGUGUCAGAGGGGUUCCUCAGGGAAUGUGGUGAAUGUAGCACACAUUACUGAUACCUGCAGACUUUUCACUCUCAGUCCUGGCCCUGUUCACUUCCAGCACAAAACCAAUGUGUGAAAUGGUCCGGCAACUUAAUUAUGUAAGUGUGAGAGAAUCUCUUGUAUCACCCUAAUGGAAACAGCUUGAAAACACGGUUAAAGAGUCAACCAAAGGAAGGUAAUGAUGAGCACAAUCAAAAUGGUGCCCAUUAUUUUGAUGCCACUUAUGCUCAGAUUUUUUCUGCCUAAUUGUGACUCUCACUUGAAGUUGCUGAGCAUGCUCACACUCUGGGUAUAUGUUUUUUCCUUAAAGAUUUUUAAUUAAAUUUUUUUUUUUAACUAACACGAAAUCAUUCAAGUUAGAAGGCUGUUUGUAAUCAACAUGCACUGGAAAGUAAGUUGUAUUUGUAUAUGUAUGUUGUGUUUCUCUGAGUGUCAUUUCUGGUGUCAUAUUCUCUGGAUUGUUCUCUCUCAAUCUGUCGUGCUGGAUUUAUUAAGUACAACUGGAUUUUGGUACUUACUGGCUUUUUUCUGGCAUAAAACAGGAUUUUAGAUUGGUAAUACAAGGGAAACAAACCACCACUGUGCCCAGUAUCAUUUGUUUGAGGGGUUCUAUGGGUUGUGCAGAGAAGUGGCUAAGGGUUCCCUAGUUAAUCUUCUAUAAGGCGCAAGUAAACCUAGACCCCUGGAGUGGAACUUUUGUGUUGUGUAAACCGUCAGUGUCUUGAAUUUUUAAUCAAUUUUUAAUCAAUUUCUGAGAAAGGGUUCGUCCUGUUUACUGCUGUUCACUGUAUUUGAUGGAAAAAUGGCAUUUGCUUCCUUUUUUUUCUCUUAACUUUUUGAUUGAAUUUGAGUUUCUUGGAAAAGGUCUACUUUUAUAAAAGAAGAAAUUUUAGAAGAGAAAAACUUUUGACAUUGACAUUUUUUUUUCAGUUGCUUUUUUAUGAAGUCCAAUGUCUCUGAUUAAGGGCUUUUUGUAUGAAAUAAAACAUUUCGAGACAUUCCUAAUAUUUCUGCUUUUAUCAUUAAAUGUAAUGUACCCAAAUUGAAAUGGCAGCCAAUAAGCAGUGAUGUAUUUUUAUUGAAAUUUGAAAUGAAAUCAGCAAGUGAAGAACCCAAUACCUUCUGUCCCAUGUACUGUACAUUUACUUCAGAAACCCUGGAAAUUGCCUUUAAUUUACUCUGGUUUCAAAGAUGUCUUGAGGAUCACACACUCUCUGUACCCCAUUAAAUGAGACCCAGCGAAAAUGUAGCAUUUUUGUAAACAUUGACUGUGUGUCUUCGAGACUGUACUGUGCACUCAUUAGCCUUUUUUAUGUUUUAUAAAUACAGUAUGGAGGUAGGGGAGGUUCAUUUUAUAGUGCAAUAUGCUGUACAUAAGAGCUUGGCUCUACAAAUCUUUUUUUGUUGUUGUUUAAAUUGAAAAAUUGGUACAUUGUUUUUUGUUUUUUCAAUAAAAAUUUAAGAAAGUUUAAAGGUG